CAGGGUCUGAAUGUUCAUGUCUCUUAUAGAGAGUGCUGCUACAUUUGCAUAUAAUGCACACACAUUGUCCUGUGCACUCUAGAUCAUCUGGAUUACUCUCAGUGACUGAAGUGUGGGUUCUGUAUGAGUUCUUGUCCUGCGGUGUUGUUUAGUGAGGGACGACAAUGGGGCAAAUGCUCAUUCAGUAAGACAAAUGCUGUGGGAUUUCACGUGAAUGAAGUUUCAGGUGUAUGGCACAGUUAGGAAGGUCAGAAGGCAUUUUGCAGGAGUGAGGGCUCUCCUUCAAUCACAUGGGUCUGGAGGAGCAAAUUCGGGUCAUCAGGUUUGGCAGCAACAGCCCAACAUUUUUUUCUUUUUUAUGUAUACAGUGUUCUGCCUGUAUGUAUGCCUGCGUGCCAGAAGAGGGCAUUUAGAUGGUUGUGAGCUACCAUCUGGUUGCUGGGAAUUGAACUCAGGACCUCUGGAAGAGCAGCCAGUGCUCUUAACCUCUGAGCCAUCUCUCCGGCUCUCUAAGACUCUAUUUUAAGUCUAAAAAGAUACUUUAGGGACUGGGGAGACAGUUUGGUUGGUAAAGUGCUGCCCUGCAAGCAUAAGGACCUGAGUUCUCCAAACAUGGUGAUACACACUUAAAAUCCCAGAACUGGGGAGGCAGAGGCAGGGGAUUCCUGGGGCUCUCUGGCUAGUCAGCUUAGCCUGCCUGGCAAGCUCUAGGCCAUUCAGAGACCCUUUCUCAAAAAAGUGGGGGGAAGUGGAUGGCAAAUGAGGAAGGACAUCCAAGGUUGUCCUUGGGCCUCCACACACAUGUACAUGUCUAUAUAGGUACACACACCCACAUUUGUAAACACACAAGAAAGAACACCUAUAAUCACAGUACUAGGGAGAACCUGUCUUUAAAACAAAACAAACAAAAAACCAGCAGAGCAUGGUGGUUCAAGCCUCUAAUCCCAACACGAGCGAGGCAGAAGCAAAGGAAGGCAAUGAGGAGGUGGAGGUGGUAGUACAGGCACACUAGGGCUGACACUAAACAGAGUAUUCACUAAAUAGGCAACUGUAACUUGGAACUGGCUACAGAUUGCUCUGCCACACUAAUAGAAACCCAGCAAAGUCUCUCUGUGCUCCUGACAGGGCUCUAUUAUUUGUCCCUUGGCUUCAUUCCUUUUGGUCAGGCACAGGACAGCAGGCACUCAACAAAUACUUGGAGAAUUGAAUUGAUAUCUUACUGGGAGUGUGGUGUGGAAUGGAACAGCUGGACCUGGGAGCCGAUUGUCAGAAUAGCUCAGUGUCAACUCUGCCCAAACAGAAAUCAGUAUAUUGGCAGUUUCUCAUUCCGCAAGUGCCUCUUAUGAGCCCGGUUCUUUAUAUGAUGGUGAAUAAAACACAGGACUAGCUACGAACACGCAGGGCCAUCCAUCAUCUUAGAGCUCCACUUUAGUCUUCUUCAAAAACUUUAUUAGAAGCUGCUGCUACAUAAAAUCAUUUCUGCUCUGAAGUUCUAGCCACCAAAAAACAGUAAAAAAUUUUUCUUUGGUAUUUUAAAAUACUUAUUCAUGCUGGGUGGUGGUGGUGGAUGCCUUUAAUCUCAGCACUCAGGAGGCAGAGGCAGGUGGAUCUCUGUGAGAUCAAGGCCAGCCUGGUCUACAGAACGAGUUCCAGGACAGCUGGGGUAUACAUAGAGAAACCCUGUCUUAAGAAUCAAAAUGGAAAAAAAGAGAGACUGGAAAGAUGUCUUCCAAAGGACCUAGGUUCAAUUCCCAGCACUUAUAUGAUGGCUGACAACAGCCUAUAACUCCAGUCCCAUGGGAUCUGACCUCUAGCCUCCAUUGGCACCAGACACAUAACUGGUGCACAAACAUACAUGCAGGCAAAACAGCCAUACACAUACAUUUUUUUAAUUAAAUAAUUUAAAAUUUAGGUACUAAAGUAGGUUGGGCUUCUGCCUCAGCUAGGUUCCUCUAGUUUUACAAAAGAAGACGAUGAGGGUUGCAGACACGGCUCAGUAACAGAGCUUGCCCAGGGUGUGCAAUGGAUGUACAUUCUAUCCCUAACACCAUAGGAAAAAGAAAAGAAUAAUGAGUUGUUGAAUGCCUAUAGAUUUUCCUAAGUCAAAAGGAAACUGCUUAAAUUAAUCUAGCAUGGCUGAGAAAACACCUGCCAGUCAGAGCGUGAGGACCUCUACCAUGUUGUUCCUACCAGCUUGAUUUGCUGCUGCCCAGGGGGGUCUUCAUCUCUGUCAUUAUUAGUUCCUGAUCUUUUUAUUUCUUUGAGAUAGUUUUGUGUAGGCCAGUGGUAGCUUCAAACUUGCUCUGUAGCUGACAGUGACUUUUAAAACUCCCGAUCUUUAUGCUUCUCUCUCCCAAGUAUUAGGAUUAUAAGUGUAACCCACCAUAGUCACUUUGGUUUUCAAGAAAGGAUCUUACUAUGUAGCCCAGGCUGGCCUUGAACUUGAGAUCCUGUCUUAGCCUCCCUCCCAAGUGGGAAGGAUACCAACUAGUGUGAAACUAAGCUCUUCCUUCUUGGUCAUGACUUUUGUCAGUUUCUUCUCCCACUACUCUUUGGCUUUCUCUUCCCAGGAUGGGCUGUCUCCAGUAAUGAAGAUGGCAAUUUCCAAAUAGAGAUCAACAUCUCCUUCUUCUAGUUAAAACUUUUUGAGAUAAGGUCUUUCUAUGUAAUCCUGGAGAUCGCUAUGUAUACUAGGGUGGCAUCGAACUCAUACAGAUCCUCCUGCCUCUACCUCCUGGGAUUAAAGGAGUGGUGGUACUUAAAAAACAGUGCUGGGAUUAAAAGAGCAUGCCAUUACCCUGACUUAGAUUCUUUUCUCCUGUGUAGUUGGUAACCCACUCCAGGUCUUCCAUACCGUCAUCGAGCUUUAAUGGUUUUAUGGAGACCACUCCAGGCCACUAGUCUCAGCCUUCAACUUUCUGCGUCUUCAUCACAUCCUUCCUGUGGACUUGGUAUCUAAAAGAUUCAGGUGUUCCUAAUGAAUAAUCCAUGUCCACGAGCACAAACACUUGACAGAAUUCAGAUGCUGCGUGACUCAGGCUGACAUGUCCCAAAAGGGAACAAUCCCUGAACCCAAUGGAAUGAAUCCCUAAUGGUGGAGUUUCAGGCUUCAGUGACAGGCUGAACCCAGACUCCCAGGGCCCAUGCUUCCACCUGAUGAAUGAUGGCCUGAACUAUGAGCAAACGGGACUAUAUGAACACUUCGGUGCAGGAGCCUCCUCUUGACUACUCCUUCAAAAGCAUCCACGUGAUCCAAGAUCUGGUAAGCGAGGAGCCAAGGACAGGUCUACGACCAGUGAAGCACUCAAAGUCAGGAAAGUCACUGACCCAGUCCCUGUGGCUCAACAACAAUGUCCUCAACGACCUGAAAGACUUCAGCCAGGUGGUUACACAGCUUCUGCAGCACCCAGAGAACCUGGCCUGGAUCGACCUCUCCUUCAAUGACCUGACUUCCAUUGACCCUGUCCUAACAACAUUCUUCAACCUAAGUGUCCUCUACCUUCAUGGCAACAGUAUCCAUCGCCUAGGGGAGGUGAACAAGCUAUCUGUCCUCCCUCGUCUCCGGAGCCUGACCCUCCAUGGGAACCCCAUAGAGGAAGAAAAGGGGUAUAGGCAGUAUGUGCUAUGCAACCUGCCCCGUAUCACCACGUUCGACUUCAGUGGAGUCACCAAGGCAGACCGCACCACAGCCGAAGUCUGGAAACGCAUGAACAUCAAGCCCAAGAAGGUCCGGAUCAAGCAGGAUGUACUCUGAAAUUCACAGGACCCCAGCACACCUAAUGCCCUGAGGAUGAUCAGCUUGGUUUGACAAUAAAUGAUUUAAGCUGUUCAGCAAAUUAAAGUUC